AUGCAUCUGACAGAAAAUACAUUUAACAGGGGGGGGAAAGCCUUGUAUCCAGCCAAGAAACUUUCUGAAUAUUUCUGGAAGAACAGCAGAUAUUAUGUCUGUGGUCACAGGAUUUGGUGGCUCUCUAUCUGGAGGAAACCCUACUCCUUUGAACAGAAGAUCUCUCUGAAGCAAGGGAAAAACAAGAUUCACAGUUUGUCUCCCUGGAAUAUCUCAUAUGAUAACUUCCAGUCCAAGAUGAGCUUAGAAAAUGAUGACAAGAGAGCUCGCACAAGAUCUAAGGCAAUACGAGUGCCCACGGAACUCAUAGGACAGGAGGUGAGCUGCCCCACACCAGGAUGCAAUGGUUCAGGGCACAUCCGUGGGAAGUAUUCAAGGCACAGAAGUUUACAAAGCUGUCCUCUAGCGAAGAAAAGAAAGCUUCACGACACGGAGGCGGAGCACCUGGUGUCCAAGAGGAAAUCUCAUCCUCUGAAGCUGGCUCUUGAUGAAGGCUACAACGUAGAUAGUGAUGGCAGUGAGGAGACGGAGGUGAAGGAGGAUUCUGUCUCGGAUGAAUCGGAAGGAACUUUGGAAGAGGAAGAGCCUGAACCCAUAGAACAGGAGGAGAUUCAUAGCCCGGAGCCAGCUGAAGGAAGGAGCCCUACCAAAUCUCACUACAGACCCAAUGCAUCCAGUGGUCCAACAGGCCCCUCCAAGGCCAAUUACAGCAGCUACCAGGAAAUCAUUGCCACUUCUCUCUUAAACUUGGGCCAAAUUGCAGAAGAAACCCUGGCUAUUGAGGGCCAGCUGCCUGAGAACCAAGGGCAAGCUGCAAAGUCCAGCACCAACAUCGUCCACCUGGUUCAGGAGGGGGCUGGAGAGCGGGUAUCCGGGGAAGAGGGAGAUAAGGAAAUCUUCAUCCAGACAGAAGAUGCUGAGGAGGUCAUUGAGGUCACAGGAGAGAGGGGCAGCGAACUCUGUCUGAACCCCCGAGAGAGCCUGGCCAGUCAGGACUCCCGCAAAGCCCAGACUGGAGCACAGGCCACUGAAGAGGAGGAGGAUGAUGAAGAGGAUGAUGAUGAAGAGGAAGACGAUGACGAGGAGGAGGACGAUGAGGAAGAAGACGAGGAAGAAGAUGAGGAGGAGGAAGAGAAGCCCCCUGAAGUCGUCUGCGAAGAAGUCCCUCAUGCCUCCCAAGACCCCCCAAAGGCUCACUGCCCCAACCAGCUCAGCCCUCAGCCUGAAUACUCUGUCAUCGUCGAGGUGCGCUCCGAUGGUGACAAGGAUGAUGAUGCACACUCCCAGAAGUCCGCAGUGACUGAUGAGUCAGACAUGUACGACAUGAUGACCCGAGGGAACCUGGGCCUCCUAGAGCAGGCCAUCGCGCUAAAGGCGGAGCAAGUGCGGGUAGUCAGGGAGCCUGGCCGGCUGCCAGUAGAAGCGGGGAAACUGCUCCCAGCCGACGGGAAGCAAAACAGGCCCCUGGACACAGUCCGGAAAAAUUACUACAGUAAAGAUGCUUCAAGAGCUGAAAAGCGUGAGAUCAAAUGCCCCACUCCAGGUUGUGAUGGGACUGGUCAUGUCACAGGAUUGUACCCUCAUCAUCGGAGUCUAUCUGGCUGCCCCCACAAGGACAGGAUUCCUCCAGAGAUCUUGGCCAUGCAUGAGAAUGUGUUGAAAUGCCCCACUCCUGGCUGUACAGGGCAAGGUCAUGUAAACAGCAACCGGAACACACACAGAAGUUUGUCUGGGUGUCCCAUUGCUGCAGCUGAAAAAUUAGCCAAAUCUCAUGAGAAGCAACAGCCGCAGGCGGGCGAUCCUUCCAAGAGUAGCUCAAAUUCUGAUCGGAUUCUCAGGCCAAUGUGCUUCGUCAAGCAGCUGGAGAUUCCUCAGUAUGGGAGCUACAGGCCCAAUAUGGUCCCAGCCACACCCAGGGCCAACCUGGCUAAGGAGCUGGAGAAGUACUCCAAGGUCACCUUCGAUUAUGCAAGUUUUGAUGCUCAGGUUUUUGGCAAACGCAUGCUUGCCCCAAAGAUUCAGACUAGCGAAACCUCACCUAAAGCCUUUAAAUCCAAACCUUUUCCAAAGGCCUCUUCCCCCAGGCACAGCCCCUCCGGUAGUUAUGUGAAGAGCACGUCAUCUUCUUCCGCAGGCUUCGACUAUUCCCAUGAUGCCGAGGCUGCGCACAUGGCUGCCACCGCCAUCUUAAAUCUCUCCACCCGUUGCUGGGAAAUGCCAGAGAAUCUCAGCACAAAGCAGCAGGAUAUCCCCAGCAAGUCUAUGGACAUUGAGGUGGAUGAAAAUGGGACUCUGGACUUAAGCAUGAACAAACAUCGCAAACGGGAGAAUGCCUUCCCCAGCAGCAGCAGCUGCAGCAGCAGUCCCAGUGUCAAAUCCCCAGAUGUUUCCCAACGCCAAAACAGCACCAGUGCCACAAGCAGCACCAUGACCUCACCCCAGUCCAGUCAGACCUCACGGCAGGAUGAGUGGGAUGGCCCCAUUGACUAUACCAAACCCAGCCGUCAGCGAGAAGAGGAGCCUGAAGAGUCAGAGCCAGCAGCAAAUUCUUUUGCUUCCUCUGAAGCAGAUGACCAGGAAGUGUCAGAGGAAAACUUUGAAGAACGGAAGUAUCCAGGGGAAGUUACCUUAACCAACUUUAAGCUGAAGUUCCUCUCCAAGGACAUCAAGAAGGAGCUGCUUACCUGUCCCACCCCGGGCUGUGAUGGCAGUGGACACAUCACUGGAAACUAUGCCUCCCAUCGCAGCCUUUCUGGUUGUCCUCUUGCUGACAAGAGCCUCAGAAACCUCAUGGCUGCACACUCUGCUGACCUCAAGUGCCCAACUCCUGGAUGUGAUGGUUCGGGUCACAUAACAGGAAAUUAUGCAUCACAUAGGAGUUUGUCAGGCUGCCCUCGUGCCAAGAAAAGUGGAAUAAAGGUAACACCUACAAAAGAUGAUAAGGAGGACCCAGAGCUGAUGAAGUGUCCUGUUCCAGGCUGUGUUGGACUUGGACAUAUAAGUGGCAAGUACGCCUCCCAUCGCAGUGCAUCUGGGUGUCCACUGGCAGCCCGGAGGCAGAAGGAAGGGUCGCUUAAUGGCUCAUCAUUUUCCUGGAAAUCACUAAAGAAUGAGGGGCCCACUUGUCCCACUCCUGGCUGCGAUGGCUCAGGUCAUGCCAAUGGGAGCUUCCUCACACACAGAAGUUUGUCAGGCUGUCCCAGAGCAACCUUUGCCGGAAAGAAGGGAAAACUCUCAGGGGAUGAAAUUCUCAGCACCAAGUUCAAGACCAGUGACGUGCUUGAGAAUGAUGAAGAAAUCAAACAGCUAAAUAAGGAGAUCAGUGAGCUAAAUGAGUCCAACACAGAGAUGGAGGAGGCCAUGGUGAAGCUGCAGUCACAGAUAUCCACCAUGGAGAAAAAUCUCAAGAACAUCGAGGAAGAAAACAAAAUCAUAGAGGAACAGAAUGAAGCCUUGUUCCUGGAGCUUUCUGGGUUAAGCCAGGCACUCAUCCAAAGUCUCGCCAACAUUCGCCUUCCACAUAUGGAGCCUAUCAGUGAACAGAAUUUUGAUGCUUAUGUCAACACCCUUACUGACAUGUACACCAACCAAGAGUGCUAUCAGAACCCAGAAAACAAGGACCUCCUUGAGAGCAUCAAACAAGCUGUCAAGGGGAUCCAGGUCUAG